AUGUACAAAUUUUGCACUCAAAGACUCAAUCUCGAAUCGCCGGCAAGUGAUGUUAACCUUUCUGCAAAGAAGUCAAUUGUCAUGAUCACACCUGAUUGGGUUAUUGAUUCUUUAUCAAGCGGUUCUCUUAUGGACCCUGAAGAUUAUCACCCAGAUUUAAUUAAGUCUCCCCCACCUCAACCCAAGCCGAUAGCUGUGCGUCCAGAAAAUACGUUAGACACAAAUAAGACACAAAAAAUUGCUCCGGCCACUCUGCCUACUAUUCCAUCUUCACCGUCAAUAAUCCCUGCAAUUAGUACAAAUGCAUUUCAGAUAAGUCAUCAGCAACAACAACAGGGGGUUAGAGUUGUUUCAAAGCCAUUAACUCCUGGAGUAAUCGGUACAAAUGUUAAGGCAGCUACCGGAAUUAGCGUACAGCAACUGCUGGCCCAAACUCAAAAACCGCAGGCUGGGAGCCUUCCUCAAGUCUUACUUCCACAAGGUACAGCAUUAUCCUCACCUAAUACUAUUGUUAAUCAAAUUAAUACGGUCUCAUCUCGAACGGCUUUGCUUAGUCUUCGCCCAGGUGGCCCGGUAAGUGAACAUUAA